CGAUUUUUGUAAAUAGAUGUGAGAACCACAUGAGACUCGUAUCUUUGUCUUGAAACCCUAGCCUCCCUCUCUUCCCUUCAUUCACUCAUCUCUUUUCUUUUUGUUACCCUAGAAAAUCAAAAACCUAACCCUAAUCUCUCUCUCUCUCUACAAACACUUAUAUAUAUAUAUAUACAUCAAUGGCUAAGAAACGAAAGUCUCGAACUCAACAGCCCGAACCUGUUCCCAUGGAGGAAGAAGAACAACAACAAACCACCACCCAACCACCACAAGAAGAAGAGCCGGGCCCCACUGUAAACGACGUCGUUCCAUCAGAUCCCCAACCUCAACAAGAUGAGAAGAUUCUAGAGGAAGAUAUUGAAGAAGAGGAAGAAGAUCCUCAAGAGAUCGAAGAUGUUGAAGAAGAGAUCGAGGAGGAAGAAGAAGAAUCCGAACACGACGAAGAUGAAAAUAAGGAAACGACCGAAAACGACGUCGUUCCAACAACCGAAUCCAAUGGUGUUAAACAAGAAGGAGAAAAAGAAGAAGAAGAGGAUAUGGAAUUAGAAGAUGAACCUGUUGAGAAGCUUCUGGAACCAUUCUCAAAAGAACAGCUUAUUUCCCUCCUCAAAGAAGCCGUUUCCAAACACCCCGAUUUAAUCGAAAACGUGUCGAAAAUCGCAGACAUCGAUCCAGCUCAUCGAAAAAUAUUCGUGCACGGCUUAGGAUGGGACACGAAUUCAGACGUGUUAAUAAGCGAAUUCGGGAAAUAUGGAGAGAUUGAGGAUUGCAAAGCGGUUGUGGAUAAGGUCUCUGGGAAAUCGAAAGGGUAUGCUUUUAUUUUGUUUAAACAUAGGGCAGGUGCUCAGAAAGCCUUAAAGGAACCCCAGAAGAAAAUCGGAAACCGGAUGACGUCGUGCCAAUUGGCGUCUGCUGGACCGGUUCCUGCGCCUCCCCCUGUUGUACAGACUGUGUCUGAGUAUACGCAGAGGAAGAUAUUUGUUAGUAAUGUGGCUGCGGAUAUCGAUCCUGGGAAAUUGACCGAGUUUUUUGCCAAGUUUGGGGAGAUCGAUGAUGGGCCUUUGGGGUUGGAUAAGCAGACUGGGAAACCGAAAGGGUUUGCGUUGUAUGUGUAUAAGACGGUUGAAGGGGCGAAAAAGGCGUUGGAGGAACCCCACAAGGUGUUUGAGGGACAUACGUUGCAUUGUCAGAAGGCUGUUGAUGGGCCUAAACCGAAUAAGCCGUUUUUCCAGCAGGGUGGAAGUGGUGGGCAUGGGAAUCAGCAUUAUGGUGGUGGACAUGGAGGACAUGGGCAUCAUGUUUCGAAAAAGGGCAAGUUUUCGGGAGGUGGAGGAGGAAGUGGUGGACAUGGGCAUUUGAUGGCCCCGUCUUAUAACACUCCGGUUCCACCUGCGUUGACACCGGCUUUGGGACAAGCGUUGACUGCGUUGCUUGCAACUCAAGGAGGUGGACUUGGGAAUCUUUUAGGAUUAGGUGGACCUCCACAAGGGAUGCCCCCCGGUGGUGGCUAUGGCAAUCAAGGUGGCGGAGGCUAUGGUGCUCCACAAGGGAUGCAGGGUGCCUACCCUCCACAGGGCGGCAAUCGACCACCUUAUGGUCGCUAGGUGAGAGAACAAUUCCCUUGCUCUAAUAACAAAAUAUUGCAGAUUCCAUCAUGUUUUUGUUUUGGACUCCCGCUGAAUGUUCUCAAGUUCCAGAAAGUUAUGCAAAUGAAGUCUUUAUUAUAUGUAACAAAAAGUAACCAUUUGCUUAAAGAGCGGAUUUGUUAAACCCGUAUUUCCCUAUUUUCAGUACGUAGUUCUUGGACUUUUUUUAAACAAUGUAGUACUUUGACUAUAUGAUGUUUACAAAAAGAUGUUUAAGGAGCUGGUAGUUACACCAUUACUCCGAUAAUUAACGUUUUAUGCACUUAUGAUUGUAAUUGUUAUGCUUUAUCUAGUUCUUUUUAUUACCAA